AUGACUAAAAAACGGAGGCUCUCGGGAUCUUCUCCAAUUAAGGUAGAGGUGAAAGAAGAGAACACUGGAGGAAAUGAUUAUCUUAUGGCAAAAGGUCGCCUUAAAGGUGUUCUAAAGCAACUUACAGAACAAUCUUCAGAUGAUGAGAGUGAUUCAUCAGAUGACAACAAAAGAUACCACAGGGAAUCUAGCAGAAAACGCAAAGUAGAAAAUAUGCCUACACCAUACCACCAUACUUAUGUUAUGAAAUUAUUUGAUAGAAGUGUUGAUUUAGCCAGGUUUGAAGAAGAUACUCCACUAUACCCAAUAUGCAGAGCUUGGAUGCAAAAUCAACCAAGAAAUCCACAACCAAUUAUAAAGCGUAGAUUGUCUUCACCUGAACCUGUUAACAAUUCAUGGACUGAAAAUUCUCUAUCAGAAAUUAGUAGGCUUCCUUCUCCCAGCCGACCUCAUAUAACACGAAUCCCAUCACCAUUACCAGAACAUAAACAAAAUAAGGACAGCAUCAAUUUAAAUUAUGAAGAGUGUCCUCCAAUUUUGAAAAGCAGCUUAUUACAAAUGCAUAUGCAAAGGUGGACCAAAGUGAAAAAAAAGUGGGUCAACACUGCUUUUCAAAAUGAACUAAGGUACUCUAGAAGUACACAGAUUCUCGAUACUAUCUAUAAUAAAGCUCAAGAAGAUGCUUCUCAGUAA